UUAAAAAUAAAAUAAAGAAUAGAAUAGUAUAAAGGUUGUAUGUUACAGUAGCAAUAAAAAGCAGCUCCGUUUUCAUUGGCGUCUGAUUUUCCGGCGACUUCUCUGAUUUCCCCCACACCGACCACCACCUUGAUCUUUGUUUGCUACACUGCACCUUGGGUGUCGUGUAACUUUAUUCUCUCUGUCUUCCCAUUUUGUUGAAGCAUAUUUGUUCGUUCUUGAUUUUCCGGCGACGCUUGGUGGGUUCUAAGUCUCAAUCACUUCCUGAAAUUGUAAUCAGAGAUUAAAAACGGAAAAAAGUUUCUCUGGUGGGGGUGCAGUAUUAAUUGAAAAGACGCAGUCUUUUGUGGGGGUCCGGCCACCGGAAAAUGGUGGCGAUUUCUUGACAAUGGAAAAAAAGAAUCAUAUUUGCAUUUUAGGAAUUCCGUGUUGCAAUUAUGGAGCUAGUAACUAAAAAUGAUGGAGAUUUUUCUAUUUCUAUUUCUAUGUUGAGAAAGUGAAAAGCUUUUUGAGCUGGAAUUCAGUGAAAGUAGCUUUGUGUUGGACAAAUUCUUGUUUGUUACUUUUGGGAGAUAAGCAAUUCAAUUAAAGUGGAUUUUUCGCUGAAAUGAAAGCGCCAUCAAACGGAUAUCUACCAAAUUCAGGAGAAGGAGAAAGAAAGCUCAUGAAUUCAGAGUUAUGGCAUGCUUGUGCUGGCCCAUUGGUUUCUUUGCCUCCUGUUGGAAGCCUUGUGGUAUAUUUUCCUCAAGGUCACAGUGAGCAGGUGGCGGCAUCAAUGCAAAAGGAGACAGAUGGAAUUCCAAGUUAUCCUAAUCUUCCUUCCAAGUUGAUCUGCAUGUUACACAAUGUUACUCUACAUGCUGACACUGAAACUGAUGAGGUCUAUGCUCAGAUGACUCUUCAACCUGUCAACAAAUAUGACCAGGAGGCUUUACUUUUAUCUGAUAUGGGCCUUAAGCAGAACAGGCAACCUGCUGAGUUUUUCUGUAAAACUCUCACUGCUAGUGAUACAAGCACACAUGGUGGAUUUUCUGUUCCUCGUCGAGCAGCAGAGAAGAUAUUUCCUCCUCUGGACUAUGCAAUGCAACCUCCUGCUCAGGAGCUAAUGGCUAGAGAUUUGCAUGACCAAGCAUGGACUUUCAGGCAUAUUUAUCGAGGUCAACCAAAAAGACACCUUUUGACUACCGGUUGGAGUGUCUUUAUCUCCUCUAAAAGGCUUUGCGCCGGUGAUUCUGUCCUUUUCAUAAGAGAUGAUAAGUCACAGCUUCUCUUGGGUAUAAAACGAACAAAUAGACAGCAGCCCGCCUUGUCUUCAUCUGUUAUAUCUAGUGACAGCAUGCACAUUGGGAUCCUUGCGGCUGCUGCUCAUGCUGCUGCAAACAACAGCCCGUUUACUAUCUUUUACAAUCCUAGGGCUAGCCCUUCUGAAUUUGUAAUUCCUCUGGCCAAGUAUAAUAAAGCUAUGUAUGCACAAGUUUCACUAGGCAUGCGAUUUCGGAUGAUGUUUGAAACGGAGGAGUCUGGAGUUCGUAGAUACAUGGGUACAAUAACAGGUGUUAGUGAUCUGGACCCCAUACGAUGGAAGAGCUCACAGUGGCGUAAUCUUCAGGUAGGAUGGGAUGAAUCAACUGCCGGGGAACGUCCAAGCAGAGUUUCAAUUUGGGAUAUUGAGCCUGUCGUGACUCCUUUUUAUAUCUGUCCACCACCAUUUUUCAGGCCCAAGUUUCCUAAGCAGCCAAGUUUUCCUGGUGAUGAGUCUGAUAUUGAAAAUGUUUUAAAGAGGGGGAUGCCCUGGAUCAAUGAUGAGUUAGGUCUAAAAGAUUCUCAAAACUCUAUAUUCCCUGGACUGAGCUUGGUACAAUGGAUGAGUAUGCAACAGAACAAUCAUGUGCCAGUUGCCCAAUCUGGACUUCCCAGUGUCUUGCACAGUAAUAUCGGCAAUGAUGACCAUUCCAAGUUGUUGAACUUUCAGUCACCUACAUUAGCUACACCAGGUCUCCAGUUCAACAAACCAAAUCAACUAAACCAGUCAUUUGGUCAAAUCCAGCAGCCACCAUUAGCAUGGGCCCAACAGCAGCAGCAAUCGUUACAGUCUCCUGUAAGUGCACAGCAGCAACAACCCACACUGCAGCAACAGCAACACACGCUGCAGCAACAGCAACACACACUGCAGCAGCAGCAGCAGCAACAGCAACAACAACAACACACAUUGCAGCAGCAACAACAACAACAACACACACUGCAGCAGCAACAACAACACACACUGCAGCAGCAGCAACAACAACACACAUUGCAGCAGCAGCAACAGCAACAGCAACAGCACACACUGCAGCAUCAGCAGCAGCACACGCUGCAACAGCCACAGCAACACAUGUUGCAGCAACAGCCACAGCUUCAUCAGCAAGCACAGCAGCAGCUGCAGCAACAACAGCGUCCAUCCCAGCAGCAACAAUUGACCGGGAAUUCAUCACCAGUAAAUCGUUGUGUAUCCCCUAACCAGAUACCAAACCAAACUUUUCCACAAGCUGCGGUAUAUGGUCAGCUUCAGCAACAACAGGUGCUAUCAACUAGUACCCAAUCACAACAAAAUGUUCCUGUCAAUAGAAAUCCAUUUCCUUCGACAUCCUUGGCACAGGACUUCCAAUUUCAGCAACAAGUGGAACAGCAAUCUAACCUCUUGCAGAAAUCCCAGCAACAGCAGACAAUACCACAACAAGCUCCACUACAAUUGUUGCAGCAAAGUUUGAUGCAGAGGCCCCAAGUGCAACCAUCAUCACAGCAGAGCCUUACGGAACAGCAGCUGCAACUACAGCUUCUUAAUAAACUGCAGCAGCAACAAGCACAGCUAUUAUCUCCCGUAAGCUCUACUCUGGAGCCGCGUAUGCCCCAGCAACAACAGAAUCGGCAACCACAAGAGCUCCAGUUUUCUCAUCAACAAUUGAGUUCCAACAUCGUGACCACAGCGACACAUCUCCAGUCAACCCAUCAUGCUUUCAACCAACUCCAAAGCCAGCACAAAUCCCCUAUAACAAUCAAAGCACUUUCUGGUGGUACAGAUGGAGAUGCUCCUUCAUGUUCAACAUCUCCUUCUACGAACAAUUUCCAAGUUUCACCACCAAACUUCUUGACCAAGAACCAAGGGCAAGCGAUACUGGUGGAUGAAUCUGUUGUUGAUCCUUCUCAAGAGCAAAACAAAUCCGAGUUUCGAAUAAAACAUGAACUAGUGUUCUCAAAAGGUUCAGAGCAGUCUAAGUACAAAGGCAAUAAUACUGAGAACUUAGAGGCAGCCUCAUCGACAACAUCGUAUGGGCUGGAUUCUAGUGGCUUCAACUUUUCAUUGCCUGCAUUAUGUGUGGAUGGUGAUGUUCAAUCACAUUCUAGGAACAGUCUACCUUCUGCAGCAAAUAAUAUAGAUGGACUGAACCCAGAUGCUUUGCUAUCAAGGGAUUAUGAUUCUGGAAAGGAUAUGCAAAACCUAUUCUCUCCUUUUGGCAAUGCCCCUAGGGAUAUAGAAACUGAAUUGUCUGAUGCUGGGAUCAAUUCUCAACAAUUUGGGGUGCCAAACAUGGCAUACAAGCCAAGAUGUGCCAACGAUCUUGCUGUUAAUGACAACGGUGUUCUGAAUAAUAAUGCAUGGACGAACCAGACUCAGCGCAUGAGAACAUAUACAAAGGUUCAAAAACGAGGCUCUGUGGGAAGAACUAUAGACGUUACUCGCUACAUAGGCUAUGAUGAACUAAGGCAUGAUCUAGCACGUAUGUUUGGAAUUGAGGGACAGCUUGAAGAUCCUCAAAGAACUGAGUGGAAGCUUGUGUAUGUUGACCAUGAGAAUGAUAUGCUGCUUGUUGGUGACGAUCCUUGGGAGGAGUUUGUGAGCUGUGUUCAGAGCAUCAAAAUCUUGUCUUGUGCUGAAGUGCAGCAGAUGAGCUUGGAUGGGGAUUUAGGUAAUGUGCCAGUACCAAACCAAGCUAGCAGUGGAACUGACAGUGGUAAUGCGUGGAAAGGACACUACGAUGACAACUCAGCUGCAUCAUUUAAUCGAUGAAGGUGCUCGAAUUAACUUUGUGAUACAUUGUCCUCAAGGCUGCAAACAACUCAGAUCUACUGAUUCUAACUGAAGGCAAUUGAUGUAGUAGAACAUUACAUUCUAGGCAGCUGGUGGGAGCAACUCAUGGUGUGUUUUUGGCGUAAAUUCACAUACCUUUUGAAGUUCCCGCAUGUCUCAUGGCAGAGGUGAUAUUAGAUUAGUUCGAUCGCUACUUUAUUGUGAGGUGUGCAAAGCAGUUUUAAAUUUAUUAAUUAUUAUUUUUCAGAUCAAGUAGGUGUAAAUUAGCUUAGAAAUUCAGGCAUGACAAAAUUACAGGAAGAAACAUGUACUAAAUUUAACAGAAAAUGUAUAGCUUUGACAGUCGUGGGAAACUUGUCUAAAGACAUUGCUGAGCUUCAACUUUUAUCUUCUCCUCUACAAUGUCCAUUGUUUAAAGUUUGCUUCCAAAAUUGCGACCUAAGUAAUACACGAAAAUGACGAGAAAAAGCAUAAUUCCUUAUCCAAGAACGAAACCACCAUAAUUCAUAACUUAUGACCAAGAACUUCCACUGCCGCAACCAAUGAAGAACUUUUUGCUAAAGAUUUGCAGCUUGAAUAUGCUACCUCUUUGAUCCACUAGCCACUAGGACCUACGACCUGAUCCCGAAAAAUGACAAAAAUCAGCUUGAACACAAGCCAAUACAUUCUAAAUCUAUAUGAAUUAUGCAAAUAUUAUUGCUAAUCUUUCAUAAUCUGCAGUUUUCAAUCACUUUUAACAUACAAAAUUCCCAAAGGGUAAUUCCUCAAAUCAAGAACAGAAAUGCAUUCAGAAAAUUGAUUCUACACUUUGAUAUUAGUCAUUAAUUUGCAGAGAGUAUUACUCCUCACUCGAAAGUUGGAUGCAGCUUCCACCUUCCUAGAUCUCUG